AGCCGGCGUCAUUAGUAUGCUGCGCAUAAAAUUGCGCAGAAACCAAAAAAAGACGAAUACGUCAGAAAAUUUGUUUUAAAGUAAACAGUGCACAAGAAAGUUAAAAUCCAAUGUAGUUCGUAAAGCAUGCAAAAAUUUUAAUCGAAGGACGUUUUAAGUUAAAAAUUCGAUGCAGUAGACCUUUUGCAUGGUUUUUUUUAAUAAAAAAAAUACCCCUAAUUGUCCCCAAAAUUGCUUUGUUUUAUUUGAAAAUGAAACGUGAAAAGCUGAAAAUGUUAUGGUUUUAAGGAAAGAAAUUAUAUUCCAUUCAUUAUUUUAUUUUUUUUAAUUGAUUCCAAUUAGCUUUUCUAAAUCUUGAAAGUUUACGAACAUUUUCAGUAUGAAGGAAGAGGUUCGGCAGGCUAACUGGUAUGUGGCAUGGAUCUGCUGUUUUCUGACGUUUCUUCUUCUUGGUUUAGCGAGGUUGUCCAGCUUGCUUUUUGUUGCCGUUAUGGAUCACUAUGGUGUCAGCAGAGCUGAAGCAUCAUUACCAUUUGUGCUAUGUUAUACUGUCAGAAAUGUUGCAGGUCCUCUGAUUGGAUAUCUUGGACGCCGAUGGGGCUUUCACAAAGUUUGCAUCUCUGGUUGUAUCUUAUCUACACUGGGUAUCGGAUCAUGCUUCUUUGCAGAUGAUAUAGUUAUAGUCACUAUUUUAUGGGGAGGAGUGUUUGGACUUGGAUUAGGACUGACUACUAUUCUCAUACCGGAAGUCUUAAGACAACAUUUUACAGCUGAUAUAGCCAAAGCGAAUGGAAUAGCAUUUGCUGGGGAAUGUGUAGCUGGUUUCGUAUUACCAGUACUGUUUGACAUUUCUUUAAAUAAGUAUGGCACUCAAGGAACGUUUUUAAUUUUAUCUGGUUUAAUUUUAAACAGUUUACCAGCUGCUUUAUUUUUAACACAAAUGAAACCAAUCACCAAAUCCCACCCGGCUCACCAACAUCGUAAAAUCGAUAAUGUUUCAGAGAAAAAUGAUGACUCUGAUGAAAAUGAUUCCAGCAAGAAUUCAUCUCAUUCCAUUUCCCAAUCUCAACCUGCCGUAAAGAAAUCUGAAAAGACUCCUUGUUUUCCUGAAAACUCUCGUAGUUUUUACUAUUCAUCGGCUGACCAUAGUUGCGCUCUAAAUAAUUAUCAUCGAUCAUCAAAUGAUUAUGCUCGUCCUAUCAACUGCCACAACACUUUAUCUCAAGAUUAUUCCGUCCAUGAAAUAUCAUCUGAAAGAAGAAAAUCAGAUUCUCACGCGUUUAGUAACGCUCCAGCAACAAAUGAAAACAAUUCAGCUUUCAGAUCUUUUACUGUAUUUUUUGACAUCACAUUUAUUCUUAUAUUAAUUGGUCAGAGUCUCUUCAUUUACAUAACCACAACGGCCCUCACUAUUGUUGUUGACUAUUCCAAAGAUAUUGGAGUUGUAGGUCAGGAAGAAGUAUAUAUUGUCAUGGGUAUCUCCAUUGCAGAUAUGGUAGGACGCUUUGGACUAGGCUUCAUAACAGAUUCAGGCUACAUGACUAAAACUGCGUUUACUGCGUCCUGUUACACAGUGAUGGGCUUGCUUUUACUGUUGACUGUUUGGGUAAGAGGAUUUGCAUUAUUGAUGACAACAAUGCUUCCGUUUGGAUUACUGUUAGGCGGUCUUCUAAUCGUCUUUCCUGGAAUCGUAUCCGACUUCGUGGAAGAAGACAAAGUUACAAUGGCUUUAGCAUCAAGAUUGUCACUCUACGGACCUCUUAGUUUAUCACAGUCGCCUCUUAUAGGCUUCUUCCGAAGUCGUUUGGGAUCGUAUGAUGGAGUGUAUUACACAUUAACUAUCUUAUGCUUUCUAUGCAGUGGACUAACAAUUCUAACUCCAAUGGCUGCUAAACGGAGAGAUUUAAGAAUGAUUUCUAAGCUGUCUAAACCAAAAAAAGUGCCCAUAUAACGCUUAGUAAUAUUUUGUAGAUAUAUUUUGUCUGUAUAUUGUUUAAUAUUUCUAUAAACCAUACAAUUUCUCAAAUUUA